AUGACUCUCAGGUAAGUAGAAGAUUAUGUUUCUUUCUCUUAUACGAAGAGUCGUUUUCUUCCCUGUCAAAAUAACAAUAAUAAUCAGAAGUACGAUUUCAUUGAAACAGAAUGUUUAAUGUGAAUGAAGUCCGUCAAUAGGAAGUAUUGGUCUCCAGAGUUAGAAUAGGCUAUUAAUUUCGAGUCCAGAGAGCCCAACCUAUCUCCGGUUUCUGCACUACGUUCAAUUUCACGCUGACACGCCAUUUUCAUUUUUUUAAGUAAUCUUUAUUUCCUAUCCUUUUACGUUAUCAUCAGCUUUUUGACUUUGACUUGAUUUUGUGAAUGAACUUCUUAUUUUCUUGAAAAUAUGAAAUUUCAAAACCGGAAGUCGGAAAAAACUUGGGGAAAAAACCUCCUGGUUAAGAUUUGAAAACGAACUUUUAUUUACUAACAAUCUUCUGCACCUAAUUUUCUCCCUGGAAACAAGCUUGGUUUUGCAGCAACAGCAGUUCAAAUCGCGUGCCAGUGUAUGACGAGAGCGGACGUCUAGGGUAUCAAAUGAUGUUCCAAAAUGGAAGAUUCGUUGAAUACAAAGCCCCUCCUUCGUAUUUGGAAUCUCUCAAGUUACAUUCUUGGUAAAUUUUUGUAAUGAUUUUAUCCCAAAUUUAAAAGUAUGACGUUAUUGAGAAAAUUGGCUUCCAGCAGUGCUCCCAAAAGUCGAACACAUUGAAAUGAACGUUUUUCAGUCCUUCUCAAAGUGCGCGGCAUCUACCUCCGAAUCAACCGAAACUUCUCAGCCACGCUCGUCAACAUCCAGACACUACUCUUCAGUAUUGA